CAGUUUCAUUGCAUAAAACCAAUCCAGGAAAAUGCAACUUCGUAUCUUACUUUGUUUUAUCGUUGCUACUGUGGCCGCAAGGCGCACCUACCACGGUGACCAAGUUCUUCGUAUUACUCCAGUACGUGAAGACCAAAUCACUACCAUUGAACACCUUUCUACAAUCUAUGACUUGGACUUCUGGAGUGAUGUCCGUGGCAUGAACCGACCAAUUGACAUUCAUGUUUCCGCCAAAGACAUCACCGCUUUCAAAGUUGCUCUGACUAGGUUCAGAGUUGACUACAGCAUCUUUAUUGAAGAUCUCCAAGCUGCCGUAGAAGCCGAACGUGGACCACACCGUCCAACCAGCAGAGACCUUGCUUCAUUCGACUACGAGGUCUACCACACAUAUGAAGAGAUCCAACAAUGGAUCGACGACUUCGCAACAGCUUACUCCAGCCUGGCAACAGCAGAUGUUGUUGGUACUUCAUUUGAAGGACGACAAUUUAAAGCUCUAACGAUCAGCAGUGGACCAGGAAAGCCAAAAUUCGUGAUUAACUGUGGAAUCCACGCCAGAGAAUGGGUUACUCCAGCUACUUGUAUGUAUUCAGCUCAAUGGCUUGUCGACUCCCCACCAAGUGUGUUGCAAGAUGUUGACUUCGUUUUCAUCCCAUCUUCCAACCCAGACGGUUACGCCUACACCUGGACAAAUGACCGUAUGUGGAGAAAGACAAGAAGCACACACGGCGGGUUUUGCGUAGGUGUUGACCCCAACAGGAACUGGGAUGCUAACCAUUGCGGACCUGGCUCAAGUACCAGUCCAUGCAGUGAUACCUACUGUGGCCCAGCACCUUUCUCAGAGCCAUGUACUUUAGCCCAGAAGAACUUUGUUGAGGGUCUUACUGACGUCAAAAUGUACGUUGAUGUUCACUCAUACAGUCAAUUGUGGAUGUUCCCAUACGGUUACACCACCAGCAAACCAGCAAACUUCCUUACCAUGAACUCUAUCGCACAAGACAGCGUUGCUGCAAUCCAAGCAACACAUGGUAUGAUUUACGAAGCUGGACAAAUCUCCACAACUAUCUACGUCGCAUCAGGCAGCACAGCUGACUAUUUCUACGAUGGUAGUGGAAUCAAAUGUACAUUCGCUACAGAACUUCGUGAUACUGGAAGAUACGGCUUCGUUCUCCCAGAAAGACUUAUCAGGCCAACAGCCGAGGAAAGCUACCAGGCAUUCUUGGUCAUGGCUCAAGCUGUUGCCAGCGGACAGUGCAACUAAAUAUCACUGAUAAUGCAAAACGUAAUGUAAUUGGGAAAAUAAAAUAAAUCAACUCAUACA